AUGUUUUGUUUACCAAGAUCAACAAUACAUGUUCUCGUAGCUUCUACGGCUCUAGUCAGUACCAAGUACAUUAUAAAUGACCAGGGCUAUCAUUAUCCAUUACAUUUAUUCACCCUACAAGCCUCAUUAGUUGUCUCCAUCUUGACCCUCCAAAGGCUACUGAACACCAGUGCCUCCUAUUCGCGGUUACGAUGGGUUUUCUCGCCAGAUGAUCUUGGCGUGGAGCCGGCGGCCUUUCAAAAAUCUAAGACGCUCCUUAUUGGGUUAAUAUCAUUGGCUGCAGCUUUGCCAUUGUUUGCACAAGCCAUCAUGCACUCUUUCAAUCUUUCAACCUUGGUGAUGCUGCUGACGCUCGUGAUUCUCAUCUCGUUUAUGAUGGCUCAUGCUGGAUUGCAACCAAUUCGAAAAGCGGGCAUGACGACCAUCCUACUUGGAUUCAUUAUGUUAAUUCUAUACGACGAAUAUCGACUCUCGGUCAAUGGGUUGCUGUUCGCCGUGCCAGCGUCUGCUUUAUUGGCUUUGGCCAAGCUUUCCCUAUCACAUUCAUCGAAACCCGUACACGACAUAGAGAUGGACAGUCGACGGACUCUAUCAUGGCAAGCUGUGAUGCUCAUCACGAUCUCUGCGAGUCUUGGCAUUACAUCGAUUUGGGCCUUCACAAUUGAAGACACCCUGCUAGCAUUCGCUUAUAUACGCCAACUCAACAUAGUUGCCAUGUUUUUGACAUCUGGUCCGUCCGUUUUCACAACUUGCAAUUUCCUCGGAUCCAAUCAGUAUGUUGAAGUAUCCGUAUGUGCAAAUAUGCUUCUUUUCGGAGGUGUUAUUUCACUUGCAAGCAGCCAACUUCUCGAACCCAGCGUUUCAACAAUAGUACAACCCACAGCAUUUGUUGCUAUCAUGAUCUUCUCAGCCGUGGUAUUUCGAUGUGAGCAACUAAGUCCACGGCCAUAUGAAAAGACAUCCCAGGAAGGGUAUCAGAUAGUCACUCAUCAGUCGACAAGUGGUCUGGAGAACACCAAUUCGAUGGACUUUGUUAAAACGCAACCGGGGAACAUGAGGCAUAACAGUUCCGUUACUCUUGCUUUCGCAGCGGGAAUCGUAUUGUGGAUUCUGUUCGCUGCCCACAACAGCCUACUCUUCCGAAACCCAGUCGAGACAAGGUCGGAAGCAAUUCUAGAUCACACAUACAGACCAACAAUCGAUAUCGAUAUCGUCGUCAGCAUGUACAAAGAAGACGUUUCUUCAGUCGCCGAGAUGCUAUCCCAUCUACGAUCACUCUCCGCACUCGCAGGAUGA